GGCGGAGGGCAGUUCCGUGCCUGGUUUGCCCGCACACGCCGGCAGGUCGGCACGCUCGCUCACCUGAGAGCAGUGUCCCGGGGCCGGAGAGCCUCCGGGCUGCACGCGCGCCACCGCCCUCCGGGACGCGCUCGGAGAUGGGCAGCUGGAGAAGUUGACGAGCCCCCCACGCACGCGGCGCCCUCGCUGUCCAGAGGUGCGCCGCCCCUGCCACCGAGAGGCUACAGCCAGCCGUCUGUCGCGUGUGCCUCUUUGCCAAAGGAGCCGCCCCGGCGAGGAGAGCCGGAGGGGAGCCGCUUGCAACGGGGAGACCCGCCACCCAGACACGCGCUCUGGGCGGCCUGGAUGCGCAAGAACCGACCCCGCAGCCGCUGACCGCCUGCGGCGGCGAAGUUUGGCUGCUGAGCAGCUCGGCGCCGGGCCCCUGGACAGACAGCCAACCGGCGGCCACAACGACCGGAGCGAUGCCCGUGGGGGGCCUGUUGCCACUCUUCAGUAGCCCGGGGGGCGGCGGCCUGGGCGGCGGCCUGGGAGGGGGGCUUGGCGGCGGUAGGAAGGGGUCUGGCCCCGCAGCCUUCCGCCUCACCGAGAAGUUCGUGCUGCUGCUAGUGUUCAGCGCCUUCAUCACGCUUUGCUUCGGGGCAAUCUUCUUCCUGCCUGACUCCUCCAAGCUGCUCAGCGGGGUCCUGUUUCACUCCAACCCUGCCUUGCAGCCGCCGGCGGAGCACAAGCCGGGGCUCGGGGCGCGCGGGGAGGAUCCGGCCGAGGGGAGAGUCUGGCACCGGGAGGAAGGCGUGCCCGGGGACCCUGGAGAUGUACUGCAGGACAACUUAGCCAGGAUCCGCGAAAACCACGAGCGGGCUCUCCGGGAAGCCAAGGAGACCCUGCAGAAGCUGCCGGAGGAGAUCCAAAGAGACAUUCUGCUAGAGAAGGAGAAGGUGGCCCAGGACCAGAUGCGCGACAAGGAUCUGUUUGGGGGCCUGCCCAAGGUAGACUUCCUGCCCCCCAUCGGUGUGGAGAACCGGGAGCCCGCUGACGCCACCAUCCGUGAGAAGAGGGCAAAGAUCAAAGAGAUGAUGAGCCAUGCUUGGAAUAAUUACAAACUCUAUGCCUGGGGCUUAAAUGAACUGAAACCCAUAUCAAAAGAAGGCCAUUCAAGCAGUUUGUUUGGCAACAUCAGAGGAGCAACAAUAGUAGAUGCCCUGGAUACCCUUUUCAUUAUGGGAAUGAAGACUGAAUUUCAAGAAGCUAAAUCCUGGAUUAAAAAAUAUUUAGAUUUUAAUGUGAAUGCUGAGGUUUCUGUUUUUGAAGUAAAUAUUCGCUUCGUCGGGGGACUUUUGUCAGCCUACUACUUGUCCGGAGAGGAGAUAUUUCGAAAGAAAGCAGUGGAACUUGGGGUAAAAUUGCUACCUGCAUUUCAUACUCCCUCUGGAAUACCUUGGGCACUGCUGAAUAUGAAAAGUGGGAUCGGGCGGAACUGGCCCUGGGCCUCCGGAGGCAGCAGUAUUCUGGCCGAAUUUGGAACUCUGCAUCUGGAGUUUGUGCACUUGAGUCACUUGUCAGGAAACCCCAUCUUUGCUGAAAAGGUAAUGAAUAUUCGAAAAGUACUGAACAAACUGGAAAAACCAGAAGGUCUCUAUCCGAACUAUCUGAAUCCCAGUAGUGGACAGUGGGGUCAACAUCAUGUGUCAGUUGGAGGACUUGGAGACAGCUUUUAUGAAUAUUUGCUCAAGGCAUGGCUAAUGUCUGACAAGACAGAUCUAGAAGCCAAGAAGAUGUAUUUUGAUGCUGUUCAGGCCAUUGAGACCCACCUGAUCCGCAGGUCCAGCGGGGGACUAACGUACAUCGCAGAGUGGAAAGGGGGCCUCCUGGAACACAAGAUGGGCCACCUGACCUGCUUCGCAGGGGGCAUGUUUGCACUCGGGGCAGACGGAGCUCCAGAAGCCCUGGCCCAACAUUAUCUAGAACUGGGAGCGGAAAUCACUCGCACCUGUCACGAAUCUUACAACCGCACCUUCAUGAAGCUGGGACCAGAGGCUUUCCGAUUUGAUGGUGGUGUGGAAGCCAUUGCCACAAGGCAGAAUGAAAAGUACUACAUCUUACGGCCAGAGGUCAUCGAGACGUACAUGUACAUGUGGCGACUGACCCACGACCCCAAGUACAGGACCUGGGCCUGGGAGGCCGUAGAGGCCCUAGAGAGGCACUGCAGAGUGAACGGAGGCUACUCAGGCCUACGGGACGUCUACCUCGCUAACGAGAGUUAUGACGACGUCCAACAAAGUUUCUUCCUUGCAGAGACAUUAAAGUAUUUGUACUUGAUAUUUUCCGACGAUGACCUUCUCCCACUGGAACACUGGAUCUUCAAUACCGAGGCCCACCCUUUCCCUGUACUCCGUGAAGAGAAAAAGGACGCUGACGUCAAAGACAAAUGAAAGACAUUUUCUAUUUUACUCUGCUUCAUUCUCUCACUGCAUACCUUAAUAAUUCAUUUUUUGGUAAUCAGACUUAUGAUGAACUUUUAUUGAUUGAUGAAAGUCUAUGAUUAUCCUAAGUUCUAAAAUUGUUUUGCAGUCUUUUAUGUUUGCUAUCGUAGGCCUAAGUGGACCUCAAUUCCUUGUUUCUUUAUUAUUCCAUUAAUGAACCCACAGAUUUUGUCUGUCCUUUUUUUUUUUU